GAAACGCUUGACCGCGAGCUCGCAGAUGAGCGGCGGGACAUCUCACACGUAGUAGUCUAGGCUACAUGACAGGAUAUAUCAAACCGCCUGAUCAAAGUGGAAAUUUGGGCCAAGAGUGCAAUGUUUCAGACUUUCGAUGUAACGAUGACAAUCUGCGUCGCUGAAAUCCAACCGGAGAGGGGCAGAAAGACUGUUUGACUAUGUCAAGCUUGCCUUUAGCGUUGGCUGUGUUUUUAACCUGAUCGACCAAUGCUGUUAGAGCGUUUAUUUGGCACCGCACUUUAAUUUAGCUUAGCUUAAACUUUGACUCAUCAAGAGGCUGUGGUUUCAUCUCAUUUGGAAGCCCCAGAGACGAAAGAAUGGCGACUCAAAACGACUGCUGCGUUAAGGUCUCUUUAAGGAUCCGGCCUCAGAUGGCGAAGGAGAAGAUUGAGGGGUGUCACAUCUGCACGUUGGUGACCCCUGGUGAGCCCCAGGUGCUUCUGGGUAAAGACAAGGCCUUCACGUACGACUUUGUGUUCGACAUCGACGCCCAGCAGGAGUCCAUCUACAGGGCAUGCGUCCACAAACUCAUCGAGGGAUGCUUCGAGGGCUACAACGCCACAGUGUUCGCCUACGGACAGACGGGCUCGGGGAAGACGUACACGAUGGGCACGGGCUUUGACAUGAAUGUGAGUGCGGAGGAGCAGGGCAUCAUCCCACGCGCCGUGCACCAGCUGUUCCAGGGCAUCCAGCAGCGGCGUGACGACGCCCAGGCGGCAGGGACGCAGGCCCCAGAGUUUAAAGUCAGCGCCCAGUUCCUGGAGCUGUAUAACGAGGAGAUCCUGGACCUGUUCGACAGCUCGCGUGAUCCUGAGUCCCGUGGCAGGAAGUCCAACAUCAAGAUCCACGAAGACAGCAGCGGUAGCAUCUACACCACCGGUGUCACGUCACGCCUCGUUGCUUCCGAGGAGGAGCUGCUGCAGUGUCUGAAGCUGGGCGCUCUGUCCCGCACCACAGCCAGCACGCAGAUGAACGCCCAGAGCUCACGCUCCCACGCCAUCUUCACCAUCUACCUGUGCCAGAUGAGGGUCUGCUCGCACUUGAUGAACGGCUCUGCGGACGCCCAGAUGAACGGCGUCUCGGACGGUCCCAUCUCCCAGCCGGAGUACGAGACGCUCACCGCUAAGUUCCACUUUGUGGACCUGGCAGGUUCUGAGCGUCUGAAGCGCACCGGCGCCACAGGAGAGCGGGCAAGAGAGGGCAUCUCCAUCAACUGCGGCCUGCUGGCCCUGGGUAAUGUGAUCAGCGCUUUGGGAGACCAGACUAAGAAAGGUGGACACGUGCCUUACAGAGACUCCAAACUGACCCGCCUGCUGCAGGACUCACUGGGGGGCAACAGCCGUACGGUGAUGAUCGCGUGUGUGAGCCCGUCGGACCGAGACUUCAUGGAGACGCUGAACACACUGAAGUACGCCAACCGGGCGCGCAACAUCAAGAACAAGGUGGUGGUCAACCAGGACAAGACCAGCCAGCAGAUCCAGCUCUCGGGCGAGGCCGACUGCAGAUGGAAUCAUGGACUGCAGAUGGAGAUCAGGGAUGGGAGAGGGGGGAAGCGUGUUGCGGGCGAGGACGGUUCCGAGGGCUUCAGUGACCUGUUCCAGGAGAACUCGAUGCUGCAGCGUGAGAACGACACUCUGCGCAUGCGGAUCAAGGCCAUGCAGGAGACCAUCGACCACCUCAACACACGCGUCACCCAGCUGCUCAGCAACGAGGUCAACCUGCUGCUCACUAAGACAGGUGAGGGCAAUGAGGAGAUCGGGGCUCUGAUCCAGAACUACAUCAGAGAGAUCGAGGAGCUCAGGUCUAAGCUGUUGGAAAGCGAGGCGAUGAAUGAGUCGUUGCGUCGCAACGUCUCUCGUCUGUCCGCACGCUCCCCUUACUCCGCCUCCCACGCCCCGUCCCCUGGACACCCCAUGGGCUCCUCCCCCUCCGUCUCCAUGGAAGCGGAGAUGACGGACGUGCUCCGCCGGGCAAAGCUGGACAUCGAGCGCCUAAAGAAGAAGGAGCGGAAUCAGAACCGAAAAAGCCCAGACAAAGACAAGGGGCUGAAGAAAAGAGCGAAGCUUCUGGACCAGGAGAACGGAGGGAACCGAGAGAACGGAACCAACCGAGAAAACGGUCUGCUCAUGGGAGGAGACUCAGAUGAGAACAACAUAGAGGAGGAUGGCAUGUACCCUCUGCAGGAGGAGGACCAGGAGGAGAGCGGCUGUGACGAGGAUGAGGAAGAUGACGAAGACGAGGCCAGGGAGGAAGAGGAGGAGUUUGACAGCGACGAGAGCCUGGUGGACUCGGAGUCCGACUCUGACGAGAAAGUGAGUUUCCAGGCGGACCUUGCGGACCUGACGUGUGAGAUUGAGAUCAAGCAGAAGCUGAUCGACGAGCUGGAGAACAGCCAGCGGCGCCUGCUCAUGCUCAAGCUGCAGUACGAGGAGAAGCUCAUCCUGCUGCAAAACAAGAUCCGCGACACUCAGCUGGAGCGGGACCGCGUCCUCCAGAACCUCAUGUCCAUGGAGAACUACACAGAGGAGAAGGCGAGCCGUAUCCGUGCGGACUACGAGAAGCGUCUGAAGGAGAUGAACCGCGACCUGCUAAAGCUGCAGACGGCGCAGAAGGAGCACGCGCGGCUACUCAAGAACCAGAGCCGCUAUGAGAGGGAGCUCAAGAAGCUCCAGGCCGAGGUGGCCGACAUGAAGAAGGCCAAGGUGGCGCUGAUGAAGCAGAUGAAGGAGGAGCAGGCGAGGAGGCGCAUGGUGGAGGCCAAGAGGAACAGGGAGAUCGCCCAGCUCAAGAAGGAGCAGCGCAGGCAGGAGUAUCAGAUCCGUGCUCUAGAAUCCCAGAAGCGGCAGCAGGAGAUGGUGCUGCGCCGUAAGACCCAGGAGGUGACAGCACUGCGGAGGCUGGCCAAGCCCAUGUCGGAACGCGUGGCCGGCAGGUUACCACGGCGGCCACAUAGCGCAGACUCUGGGGCCGAGCUCUCGGCCAGCACAGCCACCUCGUCUGAACCCGAGUCCACGCGGUCCGUUUCCAGCAUCGUGCGCCAGUGGAACAGCAAAGUCAACGGAUACCUUGGGGAGACCGUCAGUGGGGGGCGCCCAGUCAGCAGCCGUAAGAAGUUCCAGCGGAAGGGAGUGAGCACCCCCUUCUCCAAGUCGGCGCGGCAGAAGUGGCAGACGCUGGAGAGGAGGGUGACUGACAUCGUCAUGCAGAGGAUGACCAUCAGCAACGUAGAGGCCGACAUGGACCGUCUCAUCAAGAAACGCGAGGAGCUGUCCGUGCAGCAGGAGGCGCUGUUGCGUAAGCGUGAGAUGCUGCUGAGUGACAGGACUCCAGGGCAGGAGGUGGAAGCGGAGCGGACUGUGCAGGAGAUGAACGAGGAGAUCGAGGUGUUCAAUGCCAACAUCGACUACAUCAACGACAGCCUCUCCGACUGCCAGGCCACCAUCGUGCAGAUCGAGGAGACCAAGGAUGAGCUGGACUCAGUGGACACGUCGGUGGUCAUCAGCUCGUGCUCGCUAGCUGAGGCACGGCAUCUCCUGGACCACUUCCUCAAGGCCUCCAUAGACAAGGGGCUGCAGGUGGCCCAGAAGGAGGCUCAGAUCAGACUGCUGGAAGGUCAGCUGAGACAGACGGACGUGAUUGGCUCCUCACACAAUCACAUGAUCCUGGAGGCGCUGAGGGAGAAGGGCGAGUGCAUCCCUGAACUGCACGUGCUCAUACACAACGCACAGCUGGAGAAUGGCUACGCCAGUACUGAUGAAGAGGCCUCUGAGUUCAGCCAGGCAUCAGAGGGCAGUCUCUCUCUGAUGAAGAGCUCAGCCAGUCAAGAUGACUUCAAACUAAAGGUGGAGUCCAGUCUGUGUGCGCAGAUAAAGGCGGUGUCUGCGGAGUACCUGGGCCCCCUGCUGGACCCCAGCACUAAGAACAUCACCAAGUCGCUGGCCUCCCUCACGGACAUCCAGGAGAACGGGCUGGCCUUCUCCACCCGGGAGACCCUGUCCAGGGAGCGUGUGUCCCGCACCAUCAGCCUCCCCGUCCGUGGACACACCUUUCCUAGACAGUCCAGAGGCGCAGACACAUCUCCUUUGACCCGGAGGAAGUCUUAUGAUCGAGGAUCACCCUAUAGGCCUGCUGAGGUGGGCUACACGCCACCCUCCUCCCCCCCACUCCGCACGCGCAACGACCGCAACGUCUUCUCCAGACUGACCAGCAACCAGAGCCAGGGAUCAGCGCUGGACAAGUCGGAUGACAGCGACUCCUCUCUCUCGGAGGUGCUCAGGGGUGUGAUCAGUCCCACGGGGGGGCUGAAGGGGGGGCGUACGGCGCCCCUGCAGUGUGUGGCGGUGGCCGAGGGUCACUCCAAACCUGUGCUCUGCCUGGACGCUACCGACGAGCUGCUCUUUACCGGCUCCAAGGACCGCACGUGUAAGAUGUGGAACCUGGUGACUGGGCAGGAGAUCGUGACGUUGCGGGGUCACCCCAAUAACGUGGUGUCGGUCAAGUACUGCCCCAGCUCUGGACUUGUGUUCAGUGUGUCCACCUCCUACAUCAAGGUCUGGGACAUCAGGGACUCGGCCAAGUGUGUGCGCACACUCACGUCGUCUGGUCAGGUGGUGUCUGGAGACGCGUGUGCGGGCACUACCACGCGCACCAUCACCACGGCGCAGGGCGAGUUCCAGAUUAACCAGAUCAACCUCAACCCUGCAGGCACUGUGCUCUACGCAGCCACAGGAAACACCGUCCGGACCUGGGACCUCAACAGGUUCCAGGCCACAGGGAAGCUAACAGGCCACAUCGGCUCUGUGAUGUGUCUGACUGUGGGCCACUCCGCCAGAGGGAAGGACCAGGUCAUCACCGGCUCUAAGGACCAUUAUGUGAAGGUGUUUGACGUUGCUGAGGGCACACAGGGUAACAUAGGCCCUGCCCACAACUUUGAGCCGCCGCACUACGACGGCAUCGAGUGCCUGGCCAUCUACGGCGACGUGCUCUUCAGUGGUUCCCGUGACAACGGCAUCAAGAAGUGGGACCUGGAACAGCAGGAACUGAUCCAGCAAAUCCCCAACGCCCACAAGGACUGGGUGUGUGCCCUGGCUUACAUGCCCGGGAGGCCCAUGCUGCUGAGCGGGUGCCGGGGCGGCAUGCUGAAGGUGUGGAACGUCGACAACUUCACCCCCAUCGGCGAGAUCAAAGGUCACGACAGCCCCAUCAACGCCAUCUGCACCAACUCCAAACAGAUCUUCACCGCCUCCAGUGACUGCCGGGUGAAGCUGUGGAGCUACGUGCCGGGGCUGACCCCCUGUCUCCCGCGUAGAGUUCUGGCCAUCAAGGGCCGAGCCACCAGCCUCCCCUGAGCUCCUCCUCCUCCGCCUCCUCCUCCUGCUG